UUUGAGUGCACUUUACUUUGAUUGUUUAGAGCCUCGACUCUAAACAAACCGCAUUCUAAAAACAGCGAGAGAGGGAGAGAGCGAGUUCGAAAAUGAAGGGGGCGUUUUCUCUUGGCGCCUCUCUUAAUUUUCUCGCUUUUUAUAGUUUGCUCUACUGGAAGAGUGACUAAAAAUCUCUGAUCUCAUUUCGGGUUUCGGCAUCAUAAGAGCGUUUUGCAGCAUAUUUUGGCCCCGCAUUUUCUCUCUCGAAAACCCUAAACUCUAGCACGAAUUUUGGUCACUUCAGCUCAAAAAACCAUCUCUGAACCAUAAAGGGACUUGUUUGGCCAUGGCUCUUGGAGCUAAGUCUUUGUUCUUCAGUGGCAUCUCUCUGCAAAAAACCCAGCUAAACCAGAAAAGCUUCAUUCAAAACCCUCUCUUUCAUCGAAAGCUCUCCAUGGGCCAAAAAACAGUGCGUAAUUCUCCUUCUCUCUAUGUAAUUGCAAGUGAAAGCAAAGGUCUCACGUACAAAGAUGCAGGGGUAGACAUUGAUGCUGGUACAGAGCUUGUUCGAAGAAUUGCGAAAAUGGCGCCUGGUAUUGGUGGCUUUGGUGGUCUUUUCCCUCUAGGUGAUUCCUACCUUGUGGCUGGUACCGAUGGUGUUGGGACAAAGCUGAAGCUUGCCUUUGAAACUGGCAUCCAUGACACAAUUGGUGUUGAUCUGGUAGCAAUGAGUGUGAACGACAUUGUGACUUCUGGAGCAAAGCCACUAUUUUUCCUUGAUUAUUUUGCUACCAGUCACCUUGAUGUUGAUCUAGCUGAAAAGGUGAUAAGAGGGAUAGUUGAUGGAUGUCAACAAUCAGACUGCACGCUUUUAGGGGGAGAGACUGCAGAAAUGCCGGAUUUCUAUGUGGAAGGAGAGUAUGACCUUAGUGGGUUUGCCGUUGGUAUUGUUGGAAAGAACUCAGUGGUUGAUGGGAAAUCCAUUGUGGCCGGAGAUGUUCUUAUUGGCCUUCCAUCCAGUGGAGUCCAUUCUAAUGGGUUUUCACUUGUUAGAAAGGUUUUGGCUCAAAGUGGUCUCUCUUUAAAGGAUUCACUUCCUGGUAAUGGUCUCCAGGCCAUCACACUGGGAGAAGCUUUAAUGGCCCCAACUGUCAUCUAUGUCAAAGAGGUGCUUGACAUAAUUAGUAAAGGAGGUGUGAAAGGGAUCGCCCACAUAACUGGUGGUGGAUUCACUGACAAUAUUCCGAGAGUCUUUCCGAAAGGUCUAGGUGCUGCAAUUGACAAAGGCUCUUGGGAAGUCCCUGCCAUUUUCAACUGGAUCCAGGAGGGUACAUAUAUGAUUGGACACCUUGCACGGUUUUUACACUCUCCCUGGAACACCUGUAAUCAUACGCAACCCCUACUGCCCCUCCCCCUGGGCCUCCGUCGCCUCCAGGUCAAACCCACCCCGCCUUCGAUCUCUCUCUUGGGUGUCUGUGUGCAGUGUUUUUUUACCCCAAAAAGAGUAAAGCAGUAGUAAAGUGGAUAUUCUACAAAUUGGGUGGGGUUCCGAAUAAUCCAUGGUAAUUUGACUUGUUUAGUCAUAUGCAUGCCCAUUGCAUCACUAAUAUUUGUAGGAUGAGGUUUUGGUAAGGUCACUACUUCACAAAGUUUGGCAAGGCUGUACCUCAAAGCCCUGCCCAGAAAACCAGACAUAGCAUCAAAAACCCCUUGUGAUGGGCUUAUAAUCCAUUUCAGCCCGUCGCUGUGGAUUUUGAAGCUUGAAAAAUUUUGCACAUCCAACAAAUCUGUAAAUACUAGAAAUUGAGGGCUUAGAAAAGAUGUUGCAAGAUGGACUAUUUUCAGGCUAGAAAUCUAUCCUUUUUUCCAUAUCUAUGAUCAUUGAGGUAGAAAUGAUUGAUUGCAAGGUUCCUAACAUCAAAACCCUUUAGUGAGAUUUUCAGGUUCAACCAUAAAACCACAGCUUUACGAAGAAUAUCUUCCAUACUUGUACAGUCCACUUAUGUUGAUAUAUGAAGGAAUAGAAAAUUAACUGA